AUGCUGAGGUUUGCUGUCUUCGUCUUACUUGUCCAAAUCGGUGUCGCUCAAGAUAAUGGAGUGGAUUUUGAUAAUCCAGGAAACUGCGGAACAGAAGCGUCUAAUUGGAAGCCCUGUAUCGAGAGAAAAAUUGCGGAUCAAGUUUUUGGAAGCUGCUGCUCGCGUUUCGUGCCACCAGAGUGCCGCGGGCUCUGCAUCUAUGAAACCAACGCAAUUGAAGCGAGAGUUGUGCUGAUGCACACUAUCCAGCCAUCAAGAUGUCGUCUCUACAAAUACUUGCCAGCCAUUGUGCACUGCGCCGCGCAGACACACGACAACUCGGAAUGCUGCAGAACGAAUGGUGUCGCUGACCUAGGCGAGCAAUGCGUACAAAUGUGCCAGCCACAAUCAAACCCGCGAAAGUUCUGGGGAGUCAAAUCUCUAAGAAAAGACAUGGUUGUCUGUCUUGCGCGAUGGGAUCAAAUUAUGCAGUGCCACCAAGCAGGACUACGUGCUCGAAAAGUCCCGCGUUCGUUGGUUUAA